CAAUGUUUUGUUUAUCUUCCAUUCCCAAAACCCCUCUUCUCUCUCUCUCUCUCUCUCUCUCUCUCUCUCUCUCAUCAAUCAAUCAGUCAAACCAGUCAAUAACUCUGGUCUCUGCAACGCAAUUCAUCAAUCUGAAACCGAAAAAUCAAACAUCCGAAGAGGGUUUGUUCAAUUCGAGGUGGGAGCUAUGGCGGGGAGAGAUUUACUGUUAUUUCUUGCCCUAACUAUUGUGUCUUCAUCGCUACUCGUGCAAAAAGCCCUUGGGAAUUCGGAGGGCGACGCGCUCUACGCGCUUCGCCGGAGCUUGUCCGACCCGGACAACGUUCUCCAGAGCUGGGAUCCGAACCUCGUGAACCCUUGCACCUGGUUCCAUAUCACCUGCAACCAAGACAACCACGUCACUCGCGUGGACCUUGGAAACUCAAAUUUGUCCGGUCAUCUAGUGCCCGAGCUUGGGAAACUUGAAAAUCUCCAAUAUCUGGAACUUUACAAAAAUAACAUUCAAGGGACAAUUCCUAAAGAGCUUAGUCAGUUGAAAAGCUUAAUAAGUUUGGAUCUGUACAACAAUAAUAUGACCGGAACAAUUCCUUCGUCCCUCGGAAAAUUGAAAUCUCUUGUUUUUCUACGUCUUAAUGAUAAUCAGCUAAAUGGACCGAUCCCAAGAGCAUUGACUAGUAUAUCUAGCUUGAAAGUUGUAGAUGUCUCGAAUAACAAUUUGUGCGGUACAAUACCUACUACCGGUCCAUUCGAGCACAUCCCCUUAAACAACUUUGAGAACAACCCUCGAUUGGAAGGUCCGGAGCUGCAGGGACUUGCAAGUUACGAUACUAACUGCUCUUAAAGAACCGUGUGGCACUUUGAAGAAACUUUGCAAUAACUUUUCGUUUGUUCAAAUGUGGGUUUUCCUUAUUAAAUAUGUUAAUUUGGUGUUGUGUUGCGUAGCGUAAGAUGCCUAUUCUUGUAAAACUCGUUAUGGUUUUCGAGACGGUGACGAAUAUCUGUUAUUGAAACUAUGUAAUAUAUUGUAUCUAAUUAUGCCGGUUCUUGUGGCUUAUUCUA